UGUCAUCAUCACAUUUUCUCUCUCUAAAACCCCAUCUGCAACCAGGCUUGUUCUCUCUAGACCACGCUUCUCUCUCUGCUAAUUUCUUCAUGGACCACAGUCUAUCUCUCCACUAAUUUAUUGGCCUUCUCGAGGAACUAAAGUUGCAGGUCUCUUACUUUCUCUCUCUUGAUUCAUCUUUCUUCAACUUCUCUCUAAACCCCAUUUCUUCUUUGCAGGUUUAGCUUUCUUCAUCUUCUCUCUUACUAAAACACCCAUACAAUUGCAGCGUCUCCCCCCUCUCUCUCUCUCUAAAUCCGUUCCUUAUUCCUCUCUCUAAUCGCCCCUUGAUUCGACCCAGUUGCAGGUCUCUCCAUCCCUUUCUCUCUCUAAGACCCACAUUUAUUGUGCGCAGUUUUGCAUCUCUCUCUAGAAAGCACUCUCCUUUCGGCUCAAGUUGCAUCUCUCUCUAAACCCCAAGCUGCAGAACCAGUUCCUCUCUCUCUAAAACCUAAGUUGCAGAACCAGAGCAGCCAUGGCGGCCACCCCCGGGGACUCCUUCGACUCAUCUCUGUACCCUCGCGCCCUCUUCUCUCUCUACCUAAUCUGCCCCCUCACCGUCCUCCCUCUGCAACUCCUCCAAGCUCCGUACGGCAAGCACAGCCGCAAUGGAUGGGGCCCCUCCCUCUCCCCUCCUCUGGUCUGGUUCUUAAUGGAAAGCCCCACCCUCUGGUUAACCCUAAUCCUCUUACCCCAAGGGCGCCAUUUCCACAACCCACAAACCCUAGCGCUACUUUCUCCUUUCCUCUUCCACUACCUCCACCGCACCUGCAUCUUUCCUCUCCGCCUCCUCCACCGCCAAAAAACCGUAAUUUCAGGCCAAAAAUCACCUGGUUUUCCCUUCAUCAUAGCACUAAUGGCCUUUGUGUUUAAUCUCUUCAACACUUAUUUACAGGCCAGGUGGGUCUCUCACUAUAGUGAUUAUGGGCCUAAUUGGUGCAUAGGGCUCAGGUUUAAUGGUGGCUUACUGGUUUUUAUCACAGGGUUAGUGAUUAAUAUAUGGGCAGAUUCCAAGUUAAUUGCUUUGAAAGGGGAAGGUGGGGGUUAUAAGAUCCCAAGAGGUGGAUUAUUUGAGGUGAUUAGUUGCCCUAAUUACUUUGGAGAAGCUUUGGAGUGGCUCGGUUGGGCUAUAUUGACAUGGUCAUGGGCUGGAUUAGGGUUUUUUCUAUAUACAAUGGCCAAUUUGGGGCCUAGGGCUAGGGCACACCAUGAUUGGUAUUUGAAGAAGUUUGCUGAUGAUUAUCCAAAGAGCAGGAAGGCCAUGAUUCCUUUUGUUUACUAGGGUUGUUGUUG